CCACGGUGACGCACCUGACGAGCAGAAGGAAGCGAAAGGCACGAUCAUUCGAGUCAUUUACGGCAAGCUGUCCUCCCAAAUGGGGACGUAAUUUAGAUUAAAACGAAGAUCAUGGAUGGGAGGCUAAUCUUUUUCGCUUUAUUCUGGCUGUGUAACGUUUCUGGAGUUGAAAACACAGGUGAGGCAGAGGUGAAAUGGGAUACAGGUUGGAUAGAGUAUCGAUGGAAGCGAAAAAAGACGAGGAGAAGACAGGGAGCAGGAGCUCACAUAUCUAUGAAGGCGGAGAACUGAUGUCUGACUUCUGUGUUACUUCUAAAAAGAGAUAAAAUUAUGUUAGCAGAAUACAGAGACAUUUGAGAAUGAGUUUGUUCCUAUCUAUAUGAUUAUGAUCCAUGUUGUUGUCCUAAUAAUGAAUGAUUUCACUUAAACCUCAGAUUAUACAUAAUACUGUUUUGUCUAUGCACAUUUCCAAUAGACAUUUUUCAUGGGCCCAAUUCACAUCCAUCCAAGUACUCCAUUGUAAAUCCUCAGCUGAUUCAGAGAUGGAAAAGGAGCAUUAACAGAGCAGCACAGUCAAAAGAAGUAAGCUUGAUUAGAUUAUCAUUUAAUAACAAUAGUUUAGAUAUGUGGAAACAUGUUAAUUUUUUUAACCCAAUACUUUCCACAGAAUGAGGAAGAAGAGACAUUGUCAUACGCACUCAACAUCAAUGACAGAAAGCACCUUCUACACCUGCAAAAGAACAGGUACACAUAUCAUUAUUGUAUCUCAAUAUAACAUGUGUUUUUUCUCGUUUAAGCUCCACACUAAAGUAUUUUUUCCACUUGUCAGGGACUUUUUACACCCAAACUUUGUCCAGUUUUUAAGCGGUACGGCUGGUGACUACGAGUCAUCCCACCCGAGGCAAAAUGUAGGUAAACAUUAGGUUACUCUAGUGUAAACGGCUGGUGUGAACAUCCAUUCUCAAACAUGCAACAUGCUAUACUCUUCUUUUCCCAGGUGCACUGCUAUUACCAUGGACAGGUGGAGGGAUAUGAGGACUCAGUGGUAGCACUCAGCACGUGCUCUGGUCUCAGGUUUGUGAAUGUUAUUUUUAUUUUGUUGUUUUUACUGUUGCCUUUUACUGUGUGCACUUUGAGAUCUGUAUUCUCAGAUGUAAAGUGCAAUAUAAAUAAAAUGUAUUAUUAUUAUAAUGUUUAAUCACCUCAGCCGUUUCUAGUUCCCAAUUAAAGUAUUUAAUGGAGCUCAGAUUCAGUAUUAACAUGAGUUGACUUUGAAUGAAUCACUUGUACUUUUUUCCCCAUAAAGUUUUGUCAUCAGAAUGAAUAUUUCAGAUCAUUGAAGUAAUUUUUAAUUAACUAAACUUUAAUUUAGAGACUUAAAUGUCUAAUGACGAGAGUACUGGUUCAUUAUAUUUAAUCUUUUUUUUAUUGUCUUUGUGUCACUUUUGCAUAUGUCUCCCAAAUCUUAAACAGAGCAGCACUGAUUUAUAAACCAAAGAAAAUCAAACACCAACUAUUUUUACAAUUUACAAGAUAUCUUAGAUAUUUGUUUUCAAGCAACUAUUGUCAAAACUAUUUUUCACUUGUUUCACUUACUUUUUUGCAAGGUUUUACUUAAUAGUUUGAAGGAAAUCCAUUUACAAAACUAUUCUACAGUUUGUUUUAAAUGAUAUCUUAGACCUUUUAAUACUUUAAUUAAGAUACAUACUUGUUUAAAGUCAAUCCCCUAAGCUAAAGUAGAGCCCCACAUUAAAUUGAUUAAAAUUUCAUGGCCUCACACUUGUUUUCUCCCACCUAUUGUGGUUAGUGGCUUAGAUUUUUUUGUUGUUUGUUUAAAGAUAUUUAUCAGACCUUAUAAAUUUAUCAGUGCCUCUUUGUCAGUACAAUCUGUGCCACACCUCAGCUUGGAUGGGUGGACACUAAAACAUUCCUGUAAUACUGUAUUUGCUUUGCUCUUCUCUUUCACUUCCUUGCAGGGGUGUGAUCAUCAUUGGGAAUGAUACUUAUGGACUCGAACCCGUGCACAUGUCAGCAACAAAUGACCACUUCCUGUAUUCUCUGGAGGAUGAUCAGACUGAGCCCUUCACCUGUGGGGUCGUCAGCGAAGAGGCAUCCGAGCCAAGCCAUGAACCAUUUGAGCCCGGCCAAUCAUUGACCAGUCUACUGAGGGUCAGGAUGCUUUAAGCUUUUCAUCUGGACUUAGAUUAAGAGCAGGAGGCAGUGAAAAAAAGAGGCUUUGCUCCUCAAUGACUACUUUUGUUUGUUUUUUUUCAACAGAGGAAGCGCAACUUGCCUCAGACCAGUUAUGUGGAGUUGGUGCUGGUUGUUGAUAAUCUUAGGGUGAGUGUGUACAUCUUUUGAAAACUUUACAAGCAUGUAAGGGGAAAGAAAUUGGCUCCCACAGUUUUGAAUUUUGAGGAUAGAUGCCAGUGGAUUGGCAUUUGUGAAUUUUCUUUCAAAGCUUCUGUGAGGAACUUCCCAUUUGUGGUCAUUUUGGCUCCCCCCACGGACAAAGCACUACCUCUCAUCUGUUUAUAGCUGAGUCUACGAAAAAAGACAUUUCCUUCAGGGGGAUAAAAAUGGUUUCAAGGAUCAUCAAUUAUACAGAAAUAGUCCACCGUCAUGCUGAGGGUCAUGUUUGGUUUGAAGCUCAUAGAGGCAUCAAAAUUAAUUUCAGUCUGUUUUAUACCAGCUUAAAACUCCUCACAGAAGCUUUAAAAUAAUACAGUUUAACUUUUGUACUGUAGACGCUCACUUUUGUUCUUGUGUUGAAUUUAUUUACAGUAUAAUUUCAAAAAAAAGAAUGAAACAGCAGUACGGGAUGAAAUGGUUGAACUUGCAAAUCUCCUGGAUGGGGUGAGAUCUUAAGCAUUUUUACUUGAAAAAGUCCCUAAAGUCUUACAUAUUCUUUCGUAGUUUUGCAAAUAUACUAUAUUAUGUUUGACAAUGUUGUGUGUCCCCCUCUAGUAUUAUAAGCAGCUGAAUAUCCGUGUGAUCCUGGUGGGUCUUGAGAUCUUUAAGGAUGUUAAUCCCUUCAGCGUGGAGGGUUCAGCAGGAGAUGUGUUGGGUCGUUUUGUGAAGUGGAGGAAGACUUCUCUUAUACCAAAGAUCAGACAUGAUAUCGGUCAACUUGUCGUGUAAGUAAUGUGUUCUUUUAAUGAUACCAUUGGUUUACAUUGUUUGAUACAAGCACUGCAGUAUGUGGUUCGUUCAGUUUGUGACCUGUCUUGAUGAAUUUAUAUUUCAGAGGUCGGCCCAGCGCCUAUGGUGGAGGAGUAUUAGGAAUGGCCUUUGUUGGGUCAGUGUGCUCUGUAGCAAGUUCAGGAGGAAUCAACGUGGUGAGUUCAGCUUUCCUUUUGACUUCUAACACCAGCUGACUCUCUGCUGGCUGUGACAGCAUGUGCUUUUGUACAGACACUGAAACAGCCUGCAUUAUUAAUGGGAGGUCCUAUAAGUGCAGCUCAGUCUGACAGACUAUGAAUAACACGCACAAGUCAAACAGGUUAGACUUGAACACAGAAAUAGAAGAACAAUGACAGGGCAACUUUCUUUUAGAUUCCCCAAAUUCCUUUUCAUUUUGAUACCUAACAGACUUUGAAACACAUCAGGGCAAAAAUAAUUAUCCUUUUAGACGAGUUGUUAAACUAAGUGUUGAACAUUCAUUAAGGGUUGAAAUGAAGACCUUUAAUAAGCCUCAAUUAAAGUCUAAUUACCCUGACUUCUUUUACCAAACUGAAUUUCUUUAAAUGGCUCAUGUCCACUUGUUUUUUGUUUAAAACUUGUAUUUAAAAACUAGAUUUUUAUCAGUGAAUUUACUGGGUGUGUUUUCCAGUUUUCCAAUGACAAAUUACCAGGAUUCUCUAGUGUGGUGGCCCAUGAGAUGGGUCAUAACCUGGGCAUGAAUCACGACGACCGCCGCUGCACAUGUAAUGGAAAGAGCUGCAUCAUGGGUGCCUCUGCCAGGUAACGGAUCUGUCACAAUACGUUUCAUAGAACAUGAAAUUUAACACAGCAGUAAAAAACCUUUCUCUUUAUGUUAGUGUGGUUAUAUGUUGAAACUUGAAGCACCAUUAUAGGUUCACACUUACAGCUUUCAUUUUAAAACAUGUGCCUCCACUGAGCUGAUAAAAUCACCUAUUUUUGUGUUUUAUUUGAGCAUCCAAAAUUACGCCUCAUACAAAAAUCUCUAACCAUAGUUAAAAAAACAUUAUUUUUCUUCUGUAUUAGCCAACGAUUUUUCAGUGCUGUGACGCCCGCCCAUUUAUACUGUUUAUUUCCACUGCAGUGGCUCCACCACGUUCAGCACUUGCAGUGGACAAGACUUUGAGAAGCUCAUCGUCAGAGGAGGAGGCUCGUGUCUGAAAAACCAGCCCUCGCCAUCAGACGUUGUCGGUACCGCUGUGUGUGGCAACGGACGGCUGGACAAAGGAGAGCAGUGUGACUGUGGCACACCAGAGGUAAGAUACUACACACAAACGCACACACAAAACGUUCACAGAGUAAGUUUUUAUGACUUUGCCAACAUUUUUCAAAGUUAUUCUUGAGUGGGGAAACAAUAGACAAAAAUUCUUCUUUUAUUUAUUACCAGACAUUUUAUACAGAUUUCUAUCCAAAUAAUAUUGUAUUAAGUCUACGAUGGGUGAAUUGUUGAGAACCGUGCAGUCUAUAAACCUCAGAAGUUUCUGACACACACUUUAGAAACCAGUGAAUUGAAAGUGAAACGGUUAUUGGGUAAAAAAAUAAAAUAAAAUGAACACUCACAGAUGAAAUUGAUAAACAUGUUGCAACCAAUCUUGGUUUAAUGACCUUCUCAGAGUAAAUUUUUUUCAACUGUGAAGUUAAAUAACGUCUUUUUUUCAUCCAUUUCAUGCAGGAAUGUAAAAACGACUGCUGUGAUGCUGCCACCUGCAAAUUUACAUCCGGGUCAGCCUGUGCUCAAGGACUCUGCUGCGACAACUGCCAGGUCAGAGUCAUGGUGAACCUACAACUGGAGUUACAACGCUUAUGUUUGCACUGAAUCUGGAAAAACCAGUUCAUUGACAGGAAAAGCGGAUAAAAAAAAGACUCAUCUACAUUUGCAUGUUCUGGUUUGUGUCUUAGAUCAGAGUAUCAGGAGCCGAAUGCAGAGCGUCUGCUAACACCUGUGACCUUCCUGAAUACUGCGACGGCUCAACUGCGUUCUGCCCCGAUGACUAUUAUGUCAUGGACGGCCUGCCUUGUCUUAACAAUGCCGCAUACUGCUAUGAAGGGCGGUGUCAGACGUAUGAUUACCAGUGCAAACAUCUCUUUGCACCAGGUACAUUUAGUUAUCCUUUGUAAUUGUCUCCAGGAGCUUUUAAUGGAGCUUGUUUGACUGUUAAUAACAACCUAUUAUCUCACAUGACUUUCUCAUCAGUGACUUUCAAUUUGUGUCUCGUAUGUCCUAAUAUAACACAAUUCAAAUUUAUACUAAACCUGUGAUUUGGUGUCUCUCUGUGGCAGAUCCAGCAAAAAAGGCAGCAGAUCUUUGUUUCACGCAUGCAAACAUGAAAGGGAAUGUGUUUGGAAACUGUGGAGUCAACAGCAGACAAGAUUAUAUUAAAUGUAGUCUGGCGUGAGUAUUUCACUUUGAAAAUACUACUUCUACAUGUAUUGGGCGUAAUGGUCAAUACUGAAGGGGCGGGGCUUCUGAAAGAGUAAUAAAUAGAAGGCUAGAUAUCUUUAGACUGUAUUUUUCUAUGUCCCACACUGCAGAAAUGCCAAGUGUGGAAAGUUGCAGUGCACUAACGUGGAUGUCAACAACCCCCCUACUGGUGCCCAAGUCAGUAUCGAGGUGAUUGACGGGAAAAAGUGUGUAAAUGCUGACUUCAACCUGGGCUCAGAUGUGCUAGAUCCUGCCUAUGUCAACCCAGGCAGCCCAUGUGACAAAGGGAAGGUGAGCAGACAAAAAUUCAAAGGAGUGUUUACACCAAAGGGAAGGAAUGUAACCAGGAACAGAUGAGAGAAAACCUGUUCCAGGAAAGUGAUUGCGAAAAAUCAAUCAUUGAUCUUUUUUUGGUUGCAUUAAGAAGUCAUGUCUUCUCUCUCAGACCUGCCUGGACUUUCAGUGCGUGAACGCUUCUGCUCUGCUGCCCAACUUAGACUGUGAAGCUCGAACCACCUGCAACAGCCGAGGGGUAAGAGGGCACUUUCUUUGCAUUUAACCUUUCAAAACCACCCAAUGAUGACAAGUCUGACGUCGUUGUUGUCUUCCCUCCAGGUUUGUAAUGACAGAGGGCACUGCCACUGCAACGACGGGUGGGGCCCACCUCACUGUGACAAGUCAGGGCGAGGUGGCAGCAUAGACAGCGGUCCUGCCAUGAUAGGUACACCAGCUUUAUCACUUUUCAUUUCAGGACAAGAUGAAACAAGUUAAAGGUGUUUUAUAUUUCAUCACGGAAAUUUGAAUAAACUGAGAUAAAUGCACCACAGGGAAAUAAGCAAUGAAUUUUUAAAUGCAUGAAUAGAUGUGUGGUAAUACAAGACCUUACUGCUUAUGGAUGUCCUGUAUUGGGGCUUCAUGUGUCUCAUUAAUAAUUUAGGCCUUAAAGGGCACAAUUUUUGAGAUUGUCCUGCCCUGUUAAAAUCUAAAUUUUAAAAGUUUAAAAGUUAACUUGUUUAUACAUAAAAUCAUCAUCUUGUAAAUUUGCUGUAUACUGGUAAUCAUUUUAAUUUAUUAAUACUUAUGUACAGGCAGCAAGCAGCACCUGACAAUUUUUUAAAGAGACGAUAUAGUAAGUCAUAUAUCAUAUCAUAACGUAUCGUGUCAUAUCAUCUAUAUCAUAUCAAAUUAUAUCGAACAAUAUCACAUCAUAAAAUAUCAAACAUAUCAUACCGUAUCAUAUCGAAUCAUAUCAGAUUAUAUCAUAUCAAACCGUAUCGUAUCAUAUCAUAUGGUGUAGGUUUAGGCUGUUAUGCUUCCAUUAAAUUGACAGUAUAUUCAAGCUCAGCGUCUCCACUGCUUUUAAACUCAUAUUUUUAUCAUCAUAAUUACUGCAUGUUGAUUGUUGGGUGUGACUUAUGUCAUUAGUUAUUCUGUACUCUUUCUUGAUCACACAUGACCUUUUUGGAUUCUUACCACAGACCACUCCCUCAGAGACGGCCUUUUAAUCUUCUUCCUGCUGGUGGUACCUCUAUUGAUCCUCCUCAUUCUGGUGCUGCUGUACUUCUUCAGGAGGGAAUCCUUGGAUCCAUGUCUCAAGAGACACCAUAAGUAAAUAUAACCCUCUAUUUAAAAAAAAAAUCUCCUCUCGAAUACCUGGAGGACAGCAGUUGCAACAGUUAGGAGUGAUUUUGAUUAAGAUUUUGCUUUAUUUAUUUUGCCUUUAUAGGUCAAGUAAUGUUCCGAGAAGAAAUACGAAUUUACAGUCAACACAAGAUGUACCGAGAGCUGCAUCUACCCAGCCUCCAUCGCAGUCUGCUCAGGAUGGGGUAAAUACUUUUGUUGUUUUGAAAGUCGUCACCAUGGGGAAAGGAGGAAUGUUAGUUUGGUUGAAGGGAAACCUGGAUUUCAUUAUCUUACCAGGCGGUUAAGAAAAACAGAAAUUUUGCGUAAGAGAAAAAUGCAUUGUUUCCCACAAACUUGCAUGUUAAAACUUGUUGUUUGUUUCUUCCAAUCCCAGCCUGGAUAUCCCCCAUCUACCCAACUUGAAGUUCCUGGGUAUAAACUCAUUUAACUGCCUUUUCAUCCACUUUUAUCCAUGAGCACACUUGUGUAUCUGGUUUUAACUUAAACUAUCUGACAGCCUUAGGUAUGGGGAACUGGAUUACUGGAACACAGACCCUUCUGCCUCCCCUACUCCUGAUCCUGCCCCUGCAUAUCCUCCAGCUCCACGACAGGGCCCCGGAGUACCAAGACCAAUCCCUCCUAAGCAGCUACCAGAAUGAUUCUGCUUUUGUAAUUAAUGUUUAUGAAUGUAUUGUAAAUGUACGCAGCAUGCUGCUCGACAUUGUGAAGAGACAAUUUUAAAACACUGUGAUAAAUCUCACUGGUAGUUGUUGCUGGCAUUUUUUAUGGUCAACUUUCACAUAAGGAAACAGCAGGUAAAGUGUACAUUUUGAGUAAUCACCAAAUCUUUGUAACAAAAUUUGAUUUUUAAAAACUUGUAAAAUAUUUUUGAUUUUGUUAAAUGUAAUAAAAUAUGUAUCUGGU